AUGUCGUCGAAAGAAGCAAUCACCAACUGGGCCUCCAAGGAUGGUCAAUUUCGUCGCCAGCAAUCCAAGUUUAGGAAUGCCGUUUCGAACGAGCAAGGCAGUCGAUUCCCCGUGGAGAAGGACCGUUACCACCUGUACGUCUCUUAUGCAUGCCCAUGGGCUCAUCGAACACUGAUUGUUCGUGCACUCAAGGGAUUAGAGGAGAUCAUUCCCGUUAGUGUCGUGCACUAUGAGAUGUUGGAGAAGGGUUGGCGAUUCGUUGAGGAAGGCGAGACCGUGAAUGGUGCAACGAAGGAUCACUUGUAUGGGUUGAGUCAUUUGCGAGACUUGUACUUCAAGGCCGAUAAGGAGUAUGACCAGAGAUUCACAGUGCCUGUUCUUUGGGACAAAAAGCAAGAGACGAUCGUCAACAAUGAGUCUUCUGAGAUUAUGAGACUCUUCAACUCUGCAUUUGAUGAGUUGCUCGAUGGAGAGCAGAAGAAGUUGAACUUGUUGCCUGAAGCACUCCUCAAGGAUAUCGAUGAGAUCAACGCUUGGGUCUACGAUGGUAUCAACAAUGGUGUUUACAAGACUGGUUUUGCCACCACACAAGAUGCCUAUGAGAGCAACUUGAUCGCCCUCUUUGAUGCCCUCAACCGUGUCGAGACGCUGCUUGCAGAGUCCAAGGGCGCUUACUUGCUCGGCGACCAAUUAACAGAAGCAGACAUUCGUCUCUACGUCACCAUUGUCCGUUUCGACCCAGUAUACGUACAGCACUUCAAGUGCAACUUGGGUAACAUCCGUCACAACUACCCUCACAUCAACAAGUGGCUCAAGAAUCUGUACUGGAAUAAUCCUGCAUUCAAGACAACCACAGAAUUUGAGCACAUCAAGAAGCACUAUAAUCUGUCGCACAAGCAGAUUUCUCCCUACAGCUUGUAUGUGUUGGGACCUUUGCCACACGUUGAGCCUGAGGAUGAUGGUGAGGUGAUUCUCAAGAUUGGUAAUGUUACGUUGAACAACUUGAAUCCUGCGGGCGAGGGCAACGACAAGCGACACGUCUUGAAGCACCAAGAGCCAAGCGCUUGA